AUGGAACCGCUGUGCAAUGCCAGUGAACCGCCUCUCCGCCCGGAGGCGAGGAGCUCUGGCAACGGGGACCUACAGUUCCUGGGAUGGAAUGUGCCUCCGGAUCAGAUUCAAUACAUCCCGGAGCAUUGGCUGACCCAGUUGGAACCGCCCGCCUCCAUGCACUACAUGCUGGGCGUCUUCUACAUAUUCCUUUUCUGCGCCUCGACACUGGGUAAUGGCAUGGUCAUCUGGAUCUUCAGCACCUCCAAAUCGCUGAGGACACCAUCCAAUAUGUUCGUGCUCAACCUGGCCGUCUUCGAUCUGAUCAUGUGCCUCAAGGCGCCGAUCUUCAUCUACAACAGCUUCCAUCGUGGAUUCGCCUUGGGCAAUACCUGGUGCCAGAUAUUCGCCUCCAUCGGCUCCUAUUCGGGCAUUGGAGCAGGGAUGACGAACGCGGCAAUAGGCUACGAUCGGUACAAUGUGAUCACGAAGCCAAUGAACCGGAACAUGACCUUCACCAAGGCGGUGAUAAUGAACAUAAUCAUCUGGUUGUACUGCACGCCAUGGGUUGUCCUGCCGCUCACCCAGUUCUGGGAUCGAUUCGUGCCAGAGGGCUACCUCACGUCCUGCUCCUUUGACUAUCUUUCGGACAACUUCGACACCCGGUUGUUUGUGGGCACCAUCUUCUUCUUCAGCUUCGUGUGUCCCACGCUGAUGAUCCUUUACUACUACUCGCAGAUCGUGGGACAUGUCUUCAGCCACGAAAAGGCGCUUAGGGAGCAGGCCAAAAAGAUGAACGUAGAGUCGCUGCGCUCCAAUGUGGACAAGAGCAAGGAAACGGCAGAGAUUCGGAUAGCCAAGGCGGCUAUCACAAUCUGCUUCCUAUUCUUUGUAUCUUGGACACCCUACGGCGUAAUGUCGCUGAUCGGGGCAUUUGGGGACAAGAGUCUGCUUACACCAGGAGCCACGAUGAUCCCGGCCUGCACCUGCAAACUGGUGGCGUGCAUAGACCCAUUCGUCUAUGCCAUAAGUCACCCCAGAUACCGCAUGGAGCUGCAGAAGCGCUGUCCCUGGCUGGGAGUCAACGAAAAGUCAGGGGAGAUCUCUUCUGCGCAGUCCACUACCACUCAGGAGCAGCAGCAGACCACGGCGGCAUAG